AUGUCCGCCAAGCUGCUGCUUCCGCUGCUCUCGCUCUCCGUCUUCUACUUCGUCUUCUACUUCUCUGACGCCAAUGGCCUCCGGGCGCUGGGCGACGCGGCGCAGCACGCCGAGAAGCUACCCGGCCUCGACGUGCCGCUCCGGACGCGCUACACGGGUCUCCCGCAUCUCGACCAGCUGCUCGCCACCCUGACCGUCUUCUUCUGGCCCGUCGGCGACGGGAGCCAGCCGGGGCUGACGCUGCACUCGAUUGCCUUCUCGGGGACCUUUGCCUCUCGGCGUGGAUCCUGCCCGGCGGUUCUCGGUCUCGCGGCUCAGGUGCUCACGUUCGCCUUUGCCACUCCCCUCUAUGCCUUCUUGCACCUCUGCGACGCCGUCACGGCGGCCGGCCCGACGGCCGAGAACAUGCGGAUUCCUCGCGUGGUGCUCAAGGCGCUGCCUCACGUCUUCACCGUGGCCAUGUUCAUCCCCUCGCUGCUCAUGAUUGCGCCCCUCUCCGAGACCAUGACACACGAUCUCAAGCAAAUCUGCAUCGCCGCCUGGCAGCCAUGGCCGGCAUACGUGGCCACGCUCCUCGCCGUGGCCAAUCGCGUCGGCGGGAGCUCCGUCGUCGUCUCGGCGGCCACCGUCGCCGCGCCCGGCAUCUUCCAGAAGCGGUGCCUCGAGGCCCUCCACCCGCUGAGCGUGUUCGCGACGCCGCUGCCCUGGGCGUCGCCGGCCCUCGAGGUAUCUACCGUGGGACAGGGCGUGCAGGUCUUCCUGCGAUGGGACUACGUGAUUGGGUCCGCGGGCGUCUUGGUCUGGGCUGUGAGCCUGAUCAGGAGCGCGCACCGCGCCGCCGGCGUCCAGGCCAGCCUGCCGAGCCUGUUGGCCAAGGUCGUGGCCUUGUCUGUCCUGGCCAGCCCUACCGGCGCCGCCGUGGAGCUCAUGUGGGAGCGUGAGGAGCUGUUCCUCGACGAUGCGGACGAGACAAGGGCCAUGACGAGCUCCAAGAAGUAG